AUGGUACGUUGCGAUUAUGCAUUGAUUACCGUCAGCUCAACAAGGUCCGGUUAUCAUCAGAUUCGCAUCAAGUCUUCCGAUGUAUCAAAGACUGCCUUCAGAACCCGCUAUGGACACUACGAGUUCCUAGUCAUGCCUUUUGGUUUAACCAACGCUCCAGCCGUGUUCAUGGACUAUAUGAACUGA